CGCAGCUGUGAAUUCAAGGCUGCUUUUAGCUGCCAGCAUGAGACGUUAUUAAAGAAGCUCCAAAACUGCGAACACAUCCUGUUUAUAACCACCAGCUCAGCAGUACCAGAGUGAGCAAGCAAGCGAGGAGCAGUUGGGUAACAUCAGUGUGCUCUGUGGCAGGCGCUAGCACCAGCCACUCCUACAUAAUUGGAUUUCAUCUGGCUCAUCCUGUGUUCACCCUGAAGCAAUGGAUCCCGUGCCAGUUUACCAUGGGAACAUCAGCCGAGAAACUGGGGAGAAGCUCCUGCUGGCUAAGGGGAUGGAUGGCAGCUAUUUACUGCGAGACAGCGAGAGCAUCCCAGGAGUAUAUUGCCUCUGCGUGCUGUAUAAAGGAUUUGUUUAUACCUACAGAGUGUCCAAGACAGACACAGGGUCAUGGAGUGCUGAGACUGCACCAGGGGUCCACAAAAGAUUGUUUCGGAAAGUACACAAUCUACUCUCGGCCUUCCAGAAGCCAGACCAAGGCAUUGUAACACCCCUGCAGCAUCCUGUUGAGAGAUGUAUGCAUCCACAAGGUACCGUGAGGAGCGCCUGAGAGCAUCACUUUGUAGAGCCGUCGAGCUUGCUUGCUGUCUGAGGGAGAAAGGAAGACCACCGGGACCGUUACCUGCCUUCGUGAAGACCAUUCCCACUGUUUAAAGUAAUUUAAAUCAGCUUUUAAAAUGUCUUCUUUUGUACAUACCCUAGCACAGAAGCUGUUUAUUAUAGAUAAUACAACUCCAUGAGUUUUCCUGUAACAUUUGCAGAAAUGUAUAUUUAGUAGACGUUUUAGCCUGAGGUUUAAAAGUUUGCUUGAAUCUAGAUUGAAAAAAAAAAAAAAGAUAUGGAAGAGAAAUAACCAGCAAGUGGAUGAAUUCAUGUUUUCCUCUUCUCUUUGUACCUGGGAGCUUUCUAUUUGAAUAUUCCUCCUCACACUUACUUGAAUUCAUUUUGGCUUCUUUUUUGUGUUUGAUUUUUGACCAAAAUUCACCCAAGUGCAAAAAAGCCCCAUAAAUCUUGUUCUUCAAACUAGGGGCUCCUAUGGUGCACAUGAACAAAGCUGUGAACAAAUUUGAAAGGGACAGGCAAGAUAUUCCUCCACAUCAAACUUUACAUUCAUAUCAUAUGUCUUCUUGCUGGAACUGUUUGCAGGCUCACCCAGUCAGGAGAAAGAAACAAGGUUGCAUCAUCUAGGUGAACAAUCAUAACUAGCUUAGCACAGCUUGAAGGUAGAAAAUUCAAAUUUGUGAUUGAGCCAAAGCUUUAAAAAAAAUCAAAUGCCUUGCAUUAUUUAAGAAAAGCCAAAUCAAUUUAAGGAAGUCGUGUGGGCAGGAAUAAAGACGGCUAAUUUUGGUAAAAUAAAUUAUUCUUUACAGAUA